UGAUCACGCGGAGUUUUUCAGUUUUUCCGUUUUAGGUCUGCAGAAGCUUACUCUCUUCUGCACGGUACUUGCACAGCCAAGGAAGAUGCCUCCAAGAACAGCCCCAAAAGCCUACCAAAUUUUGGCCAAAACACACCAAGUCACGAUAUUCCUAACAGUCCCCCAAACCGCAACGAUUGCAUUUCUUAAGGAUGAGGCACUUUCUGCGCUCACAUCUCGCGUCGCAACUGAGGAUGACAGCUUCCCUCAUGUUCAAAGCACAAGCGACUUUGAGCUGGCGCGUGCGGUAAAAGAGAAGGAGAAGAAUAGGUCAGGGGUGACUUAUGAAGCCCUCGAGUCAAACAAGGCUGUCAGAGGCCUCCUAACAAACUGGGAGGUACUAUAUUUUCAAUUUAGAGAUGAAGAAGGCAAUUUGAUGCCAGUCGAAGUCUCGCAGCCUUCUCUCCUCGAUGACGAAGAGGAAGAGCCUCCCGUGAAUAAAGGCAAACGCAAGGCGUUAUCUGAAUAGCCAUCUUAUGCCGCACGACGUUCUGGAUAUUAUAUUGCAAGGAUAUACU